GGUUCCCGCCGGGCGGGGAGGGGGAGGCGGUCGGCGCCGCCCCGCUGAGGUGGCGGUGGCGGGAAGAUGGAGGCGGCGGCGCUCGGCGGGUCGGUGCUGCCGGGCGCCCUCGCCCUCCUCCUCAUCCUGCUGCUGCUGGCGGCCGCGCUGCGCCGCGCCGCCCCGCGGGGCCUGCCCGCCGCCCCACCGGACGGCCCCAGGGCGAACGGCGACACCGCCGCCAGGCCGGAGGAGCACCGCAAGGCGAAGCUGCCGGCGCGGGCCCGGCGGGACAAACCGCAGCAGCACAGCUUCGCCCACCGGCUGCUGGUCGCCGCUCUUAAGGGCCACAGCGGCUCCGUCUCCUGCCUGGACUUCAGCAGCAGCGGCAAGUACCUGGCGUCGUGCGCUGACGACCGCACGAUCCGACUGUGGAGCACCCGGGACUUCACGGCGCGCGAGCACCGCUGCCUGCGUGCCAAUGUGGGGCUGGACCACGCCGAGCUUGUCCGCCUCAGCCCCGACUCACGCACUGCAGUUGAGCUAACACAGGGAGAGAACCUAGUGCUGUUGGCAUUCAUCGUUUGGCUGGCGAAUGGCGAGACUAUUCGUGUCUAUAAAAUGACUAAGAAGGAUGAUGGCAGCUUCACCUUCACUGCAACUUCAGGGGACUUCCCAAAGAAGCACAAGGCUCCUGUCAUUAACAUAGGAAUUGCAGAGACAGGAAAGUUUAUUAUGACAGCUUCCAGUGACACUACCAUCCUGAUAUGGAGCCCAAAGGGUGAAGUCCUGGCCAGCAUUAACACUAACCAGAUGAACAAUGCCUACGCCACGGUGUCGCCCUGCGGGAGGUUUGUGGCAUCCUGUGGCUUUACCCCUGAUGUGAAGGUGUGGGAGGUGUGUUUUGGCAAGAACGGAGACUUCCGGGAGGUGGCCAGGGCUUUUGAGUUGAAAGGUCACACCGCUGGCAUACAUUCCUUCUCCUUCUCUAAUGACUCAAGGAGGAUGGCGACUGUUUCGAAGGAUGGGACAUGGAAGUUCUGGGACACAGAUGUGGAAUAUAAGAAGCAACAGGAUCCAUACCUGCUUCUGACGGGGAAGUGUGAGGUGAUGGAGCCUUGUCGAAUCACCCUGUCCCCUGAUGCUCGUGUCGUCGCCAUCUCUAGCGGCACAGACAUUGUUGUGUACAACACGAGAAGAGGAGAGGAGGAGGAGCGCUUCCUCGCUGUGCACGGACAGUGCAUAACAGACUUGGCUUUUGACACCAACAGCCGCUACCUGGUGUCGUGUGGGGACCGGGCCAUCCGCGUCUUCCACAACACUGCUGGUCAUCGGGCAGUGGUGGAGGAGAUGGAGACCAUGCUGAAAAAAACUGGGAGCAAAGCCACCCGAGAGAGGCUGGAGCAGCAGAUCUCCAGUGCCCGCAAAGCGCUGGCUGCAAUCUAUGGCAAGAAUCACUAAUCCUUCCCCCGCUGUGGCACGUCCCGGCUCUCUGCGGUCGCAGGCAGCUGUGUUCUGCCUUUGGGGAUUAUUUUUUUUAAUAACACUGAACAACUUGUAAUAAAAGAGCAUGCAGACUGCA